AUGUGGAAGCCACAUGCACUAACGGCAUCCAUUGCCCACUCCAGUCGUCAGGUGCGGCGGCCGCUGACAAGCCGUGUCUGGAGUCCUCAUAUUUCUACUCCUUCGUCACCCUCGGCUCUUCUCUGUGACGCAGAGGCGCCGAAUAGGGAUGCGCCUGCACUGGUCAUUUCGUCCGCCCCCUCUAUUGUCCACGUCGAUCAGGUAGAGAGUGGAGGAGCGGCGGUGGCAUCGCACCUCUUCAACCUUCUCCAGCUGCAGCUUCGAGCUUCUUUAAUGUCUGCACAUCCCGUUGAUUCGAUGACAGCACAAAAUCAUAGCGCUCGUCACACCCGUUUGAUCUCCUCCUCUGCGUUGAGGAGCGUAGCACCGCUCCACGCUGCACAGCAACGGAUGAUGCUGAGGCAGCUUCGCAGUGAGGUUCAUUCUCUCGGCAAUUUGCUGGUGUCGCACCAUCAACGUCAACACCGACUUGGCCCGAGAAGCUCUCAGAGGGACAGCAAGUUACAGGUUUCAGCAACGCAACGUGCAUCGCAUCGAGUGCGCAGCAGUAGCAGUCUCAAGAGCAGAGAAACUCGAAUACCCGUGCAGCUCAUUCCCCUCCCGACGGAUGCAGAGCAGACGUGGGUGCAGCCGCUGCAGUUAGACGUUGUGCAACAAGUGCUGUCUCAACUGACUCUCGCCGAGCGACUUUAUCACGUGCUUUUGGGCGGAGACGGUAGCAGCGGGAGAACAUGGCAAACAUCAUCAGUGCCGGCGCAAGGUCAGUCCGCCUCGCCGUCGCGUGCAUCGAAAAGUAGUCACCGCGUCGACUUCAGCACCCACGGCGAGGCUCAGCUCUUCUUUCAGGAAUGCACACGCGUCGUUGCAUCCUUAGCUGCACUUCGGGCUCCGCACGAGAGCGACGCGCAGCCGCUGGCGUAUCUCGCACACGUGUUGCAGACGUCUGCCGCCGCUGGUGCACCCGUGCCCGUGGCGACGCUCAUCGCAGCCGUCGGUAAAAUACAAGACGAAAGUUCAGAACGACUUCCGAAAGGCAACUCCGUCAAAAGCUCUGCUUGCGAUGGGCCAUCUUCGUCUGAGCCGCUGUUUAAUUGGUGCAGCUGUGUCCCCUGGCUUCUGCACCGCUACGCCGUUGCGCUUUCCGGCGCGGAGGACAACGUGGAUUGGCCGGCUGCAAGUGCGUGGAUGACCGCCGCGGCAGAUCGCGUCUGCGCCACCCAAGCCAACGAACUGCUUUAUCUCUCCUCUGCAUCCAGCGGCGGGCCAUCCUCCACGGCCUCUCCGAGACCUGCGAUUCUGAAGGACACGUCAGCAGGGAUGUUCGGGCCGUGGCAACGCGUGCUCGAUCGAGAAAGGAAUGAGGCGGCGCCCGCUUGCUCAGGAAACGCAGUGCCGUUGAAGUCUGCGAAUACCACUACUCCUUUCGCAGGGGGUGAUGACCAGCUGUGGUCUUGGCUUGCGGAACGAGGCCAACCGGGUCGGCAAGAAGUGGAAAAGGAUUCGAGAGAUGGUAGCCUGCGGCCAUACUGGAAGGUGGUGAUGCGCGAGAUAAGUCGGAGUGGGGCGCAGGCGGCUGCGAUGUUGAUGUCCAUCGUCCUUUCUCGAAAUACUGAGGAGGAGCGCCAACACGCGGGAGGACGUACCGGCACUACUCCUCCUUCAAACACAAAGCCACAGCGCCAACACCACGCGCCGUCGACUUCCACUGCGACGCUGCUGCAGGACUUGCAGUUUCACGCAAUCGGCUCGUACGUUUCGCUUCGUCGCAUGACGAGCUCUUUGCAACGUCAUCGUCGUCUCGUCCCUCUCCUGGAGCUUCAUUUGCUGGUGAGCGGAUAUCCGCAGCAUCGUGAAGGCGAACCCCGACAAGAUGAGGGCAGCGGAGGGCGUACUUCUCCCGCUGCGGAUGACGCAAAAGUAUCGAAAAAGGCGUUGACGACACCCCGAAACCACGGGAAGCUUGAAGCGCCGAUGAGAAAUGAAAUGCUGGCAGCGGCGCACCGGCGGCAUCGAGUGCUGACCGGUGAGUUGAUGGGCGUGUACGCGGGGCACAACCAGAAGCACCACCGCAACAGCCACCACCACCACCACCCGAUUGCUUCUUACUGUCAACAGGCACAUCAAGCAGGUGCCAUGCUGUGGCGCGAGGUUGCGUUGCUCGACGCCUACACCUUAAUCACAGUUGGCCACGUCAGCGAACACGCCGUGGACGUUGCGGCGCUGGACAAGCCGUCGGCGCUGCAGCAGCUAGCAUGGCUUCAACAGGAGUGCCUCCAGCACCUGCGCACUCUGGAGAAGCCAUCACAGAAAAAAACGCACAUCAAAAGGCCUGAGUCAGCGGCGUCCUUCGUGGCUCGUCCAGACGUAAAUGUACGGACAGGCUCGUACGCGCUCUCCUCCGCACGUACACAGGUACUGCUGAGCAGCCUCACCCCCCGUACUCGUGCCACACUUGUUGAGAAGCUGCGCGAAAGCCUGCGACUCAGUGCCAAGGUGCUCGCUCGAUGGGGCGAAGCAGAGAUGAUCUGCAAGCUAUAUCAGUCCUAUCCAGGCAUGGGGGCGAGCUGGGAGGUUGGCCGCGCGCUGCUGCAAUGUGGACACUACGAAGUCGCCGUUGAGGUGCUCCAGUCGCUGCUCGAGACCUCCCCUGCAGCAGGACGGGGCUCGUCGUCCGCCGCGUCCCUUCUGUCAUCGAGUGCGGUCGCCAUGCGUCAGCUGCUGUUAGAGGCGAUGCAAGGCGCCGCCUCCGCUCUCGUGGCGCAGCAACACUGCGAGCAACAGCAGGAGGAGGAGCAGAAGCAUGAGUUACCUUCCACGUCUUCCCCAUUCGCUGCGACGCUGCCGUCUCUCGACGACGCGCUCGCCGAUGCUUCACGGGAGCCAAGAGCUGCGCAAGAAAAUACAACCAAAGACAGCGCAUCUGUCAGCGAAAACGAAGUCGAUGCACCACUGCCGGCUGAGCUGCGCGCGCAGGUCCACUCCCUCUACACCCAUUCCGCGUCGCUUCCAGUGCCCCUCCCGAUGUGCUUGCACGCCGUCAUUCAAGGGCUUACGGAGGCGUUGCCGCUCACCAAGAACGCUUUCGGUGCGCCAUCGGACGAGCAGCUUCGUAAAGCCGCCGUGCUCUGCACCUACGCACUUCGCUGUCACCUUGCGGAGCAGCCGGCGCGUGGGUUGCUGGGCAAGACAGUGGAGUUGUGGGUCUCGUGCGUAGCGCCCUAUCUGUGCCGUCGACGAGGAAGCCAAGUCAGCACCGCGCGGAGCUCUACUUCGCUUUGCUCGCCAAGGCUGUCGACGACGGAUCGCUACCUGCGUGAGGUCUCACUGCGGCUCCUGUACGGCUAUCCACACGUGCCCGUUGCCCGGUUGCUCUUGACGCGGCUGCUGCACGAGUGGAGCAUCAUGACUGCCACAACCCUCGCCCUCUCCUCCACUGCGGACGCCUCUGCCAUCUCCGGCACGGCAAGUCGCAGUGGUCACGAAGAACGGGCUGCACUGACGGUUCAGUGGAUGCUGCGCCACCUCUUUCGAUACGCCGGACGCACAGAUCUACGAAAUGACGAGCUGCAGAGGGCGUACCCUGUCUGCACCCCCGAUGCGGCCAUUGCUGAGGACAACAGCGAAUGCACGCGUUGGUGGAACGCGGACUUCACGGAGCGUUACACGCAGGACACGCUGCGACUGAUGCCACGCAUUGCGCUAGAGAACCUCGCGGAGCUACUGAGCGAGGAUAAUGGAAGGGGUAAGGUGGGCGGGCUGCAGCACGUUCUCGACCGGGUACAGGUAGCGCUGCAUCGCCGUGUAUCCGCAGACGGCACGCAGCACCAGCCCUGGCAGUGCAUAACGUGCUACUUAUGGAAUGGUCGUUACACCAGUGAGUGCAGGCGGUGCCACACGCUCGCCACGUCGCUCCUGCAGUGCCGCUCGUGCGGUUUUUUCACAUCUUCGGCCGGAUACCGGGCGUCGCACGGUUUGAGCUGUGAGGUGUGCGGCACGGUGCUCGUUGCGCUAACAGGCGCGAAUGCACCAACGCGCAACGGGGAAGCCAUCCGCCGAACUCCCCAGGAAGUUCCUGCAUUUGACAUACCGCAGUCAAUGGAGGACGCGAACAGCGCAUCCUUGAACAGCUCUCCCGAAGCGGUAGAUCAAGAUCAGCGCACCGAAACGCAAAGCACACCCCUCACCCCGUCUGCGUCGCGCGGUGAGCAAACGCCUGUGGGAGCGGCCACCGUGAUAGGCAGCGGACGGCCGGCAAGGCUUUUCCGCGACUCUCCGCAUGUGCUAUGUGUGGUGCCGCUGCGGCCGUGGUCGUGUGCGCACUGCCGCACCGUGAACGAGGCACAGCAUGUCUUUUUCUGCCGUGGCUGCGGUCGGCCGGCGCCGGCGACAGACACGACAACGCACGCCGCCGUUUCUGCCGUGUCGCAGCCGUGUGGUUGCUGCGGUCAUGUGCCCAAGACGAUGGAGGGCCGCCUGCUGCCGUGGUGCGAGCGUUGUGGGGCGUUGCACGAACGCGUACAGCGCGUCUUCACCGCUGCGUCAGCCGCAUCGACGACGACAUCGGCGCAGAGCGGUGCAGCGAUGCCUGCGUUGCCCGUCGAAGGCGGGGAGAGGGGGAGUGGUACUUGUGGUCCGCUGCGAUUGCCGACGCUGUGGUGGUGCGGUGAGUGCGCCGUGUCGCUGAAUCCGUGGGCUCGCACUCAUUGCAGCCUGUGCGGUGCUGGGCGACCUGCUGGCGGCUUAGCAAGUGCGCUGCCUCACGCAUCAGACUCCGCCUCCGCCAGCCCAAGCACAAAUGCGUCUUCUUCUUUGCUGGAUGACAUAAGGCAGCUGGAGUUGGGACCCAACGCGGCGGUUCCUUUUAUCACCGUUCCGUGGUCGAUGCAGCGCUGCGGCGGGUGUCGGGCACUAAAUCGCGUGGGUACGCACCGUUGCUGGAAAUGCGGAGCGGCGCAGUCGUGGCCGGCAUCAUUGCGGCAAACGAUAUCCACGCAGUGGCAGUACUGGCUGACACAGGUGACACACGCGGUAACGGUGACGGGUGGUGCGCGAAGCGAGCCGGAGGGCACAGGCUCCACAGCAUCUCUUGCAUCACAGAACACCGCCAGCGCAAGCGCACCGCUGCUGCUGCUCGCACGCACCGAGCACUGGAUAUGCCUGCGGGAUGGCUGCCUGCAUUUGAACUGCACGGAUGUGGCGCAGCACACCGGCGAGCUUGGUGAAAGGGGGAGUGCGUUGCUUGUGCGUUGUGCAGCGUGCCACACACCCCGUCGCCGCGCGGAGGUCUUUAACCCCUUCCACGACCGUCUCUGCUGGCGGAAGGCGGGCAACGCAGACAAGAAGGUCCCGCUUUCACCUGCUCACGCCGUUGUGGGGGCGCUUAUAUUGCCACGAGCUGCGCCGCUCCUGACCAACCCGCUCGUCGGUGCGCCGACGACGUCUUCUCUAAGCGACUCAGCUGCACGUCCUGUGCGGGUGUUGCAUCGCGCACGAGUUGCAUCUGCCGCCACGCCUGCGUGUGCGUGCUGCGGAGCUCUCGAGCAGGAAGAAGAAGGCUCAGCGCCGACGUCGUCGUCAUCAUCGACGCUGCCUUGUCCGCCGCCGACACCCCUGCGGCCGCUCUUUUGGGUACACAUGUGCAAGAAAUGCGGCCAUUGCUCCUGGGGUCCGUCGUGCGUCGCCUUCAAGGCAGAAGCCUCCGCGGCAGACUCAUCGAGCUCCGCCACUCCCCGCGGCCUUCUCCCUGGUGAAGAGGCGUUGGCGCUUCGGUUGCUGCUGCGGUCGCUCGCGCAGAGCGUGCAACAGGCGCUGGCGUUGCAGGCGGAAAGAAAAGGCAGAAGCGGCAGUGGAGUCGCGAAAAGCUCAAGCUCGCACGUGGACCAUACAAACUCCUAUGAGUCGUCUUCCAGUCGCGGAGGAACGCCGCUUAUGGACUGGGCUUGGUUUUCGAGGCACGUGCUCUCCGCCGUGCAGCUGUUCACUUGCAGCAGCAGCAGCUCUAAGGUGAGUUCUGCAAAAGAGUCCAUUGACGUAAAAGCAGAGGGGGAUGCCGCCAGAUGCACGCUGCAAACGGAGGAGGAGGUCGCCCGCCGGCAUGAUGCGCUGCUGCCGUGGUGUGGCUGCGAUGUGGCCUCGGCGGAGCAGCUGUGCUCGUCGGAGCCGCGUGUGGCGGUGCUGUCGGACACGGCGGGCACCGUGCACUCCGCGAUGAUGGAGGUGUGCGAGGUACUCGAAGGCAUUUGCGGUCUCGUUGAGCUGCGCGUCUCCGAGGUGGCUGCAGUAACGGCGCGACGACGACCUUCUCCUUCUCCGCCGACGGUCCCCCUCUGUCUGGAGGACGCGUGGACCCGUCGCCUCCUCCUCGCCGCGCUCGACUUGAUAGACGUUGUGAACCGCAGCACCGUGUGUGAUGAAGUUGGGUUUGCCACGCUGCGCCGACUCUGCCGCCUCCUGCGUCCGCACGAGCUUGACCACAUCGACACGGAGACGAAGUGGAGGUACCUGCAGGACAUGAAGCUGUCGCGCUCGUCCAUACUGCAUGGCUGUGUACGGUGCGAGCACUGUCUGCGGAACCACAUGCCGGGACGGCAGUGCUCGGCGCUGUAG